UGGGCCGGGCCGAGGAAUAAUACCGCCUCUUCCUUCUCUCACUUGCCUUCCUAUCGUCUCCUCCCCCAAUUACGACCGCCAUCCGCAUCCGGCCCGGUGCCCGCAGGAGAUCGAGUUCGCCGGCUCGCCGGCGACGACAUCCAGCCACAGAGUGGGUGCGUAAUGAACAAAGACAAAGUUCAUCACAAGGAGACUCACGGAACAAGCAACGACAUAACCGAGGAAACAUCUGUGGCAAAGGUGAAGGGUCCAAAUCUACUUGAACGGGCUAAAGAAGAGAUCGAAGCUCUCGUGGAGGCUGUUCACGAUAAGAUGGAGCACCAUUCCAGUUCUCACAGGAAGGAGGGUGAAUUGCACAAGGACUCUAUGGAAGAAAGUGGGGUCACCAUGCAUAAGAAGACCCAUGAGAAUGAGACUCAUGGUACAAGCAAUGAUAUAAAUGAGGACACGCCAGUUGAAAAAGUUAAGGGACCAAAUGUGUUUGAACGUGCAAAGGAAGAGAUCGAAGCUAUCGUUGAGGCUAUCCAUCCGAAGAAGGAAUCCGACAAGAAGUGAGGAUGGAGUAUGCCUUGGAGAGAUUUUAUCUUUACUGGCUGGGAAAACUACAUCGGCUAAUAUGUAGGUGGAUGCAUUAUUUGCAAGAUAUCCACAGGCUUUGUGUAUGGCAUUGCCAAACUCUUGAGGAAAAUUGUAACACCUGAAUGCUUCGGUGUAUCUUUGCUGUUUUCUGUUGAGCAGCGCUGUAUAAGGUGUGACAUGACCUGUAAAACUGCACUAUUGUGUAUAAAUCACCUAGAAGCUUUUUACGAAACAUA